AUGCAAUUGAACGGGGCUAAAGAGAGAGAUGGACGAAGCCGUAAACGAGUCCUCGUUGUAGCUGAGGGAUUUGACGUUUCGGUUCCUAAGCCCUGGACGCCGAACAAACGUGUGAUUUGUUUGGAGGGCGCGUUGAGAGAUCAUUUCUCUUCAUGUGGAAAGAUCAAGUCCGUUUGUAUUCCUCUUGACUAUCCGCCCUACUAUCCAAAGCUAGAAACUUGUUUUUAUUACAGUGUUGCUUACAUAGAAAUUUGGGGAGAUUGCGCAAGAGAGAAGGCGCUGCAGCGUAGUGGAAGUGAGAUAAAUGGACAUAAGAUAGUUGUUACUGCGCCAUCGCUGCCCUUGAAAAGGAGUCUCAGAAGGGCUUUGAAAUCAGUUAAAAACGAUCGUUUCUGCCGGAGCAAAACGGUGAUGGUUAAAGGAUAUGACCCCUCGCUUCCUAGUCACUUUAUCAAGAGCGCGUUGCGUAAACAUUUCUCCUCAUGUGGAGAGGUCAUGGAGGUGGAAUUUUGUGAUCACACCGAAGGCAUCUUUGUUUCCAUUUAUGGAGAAGACGCAAAGAAGAAGGCCCUGCAACUUAGUGGAAGUGACAUGGAAGGUUCCAAACUUGUUGUUGAAAAGCCGCCGCUCUUUGUCCCACGGACACCCGGCGGACCUCUGACCCCGGAUGAUUACAUGACUGGCAGACUUCCUCUCUCAGAGCGUAAAGCCAACCCCAACUGGCUAGACGACUUCAGGAUACCCAGGAACUAG